UCUCAAUUUCCAUCCCACACAAUUCACCAAUAUCACACUAAUAACUAUUCUAACUAACUUACACUAGUUUGGACCACUCCACUCUGUUCUCACUUCUCAUCACAUCGUUUUCUUGCAGUUAUUACACAAACUAAAAAUGAAAUUACAUAAAGCCACACGCUUGUCUCUCCCAAAUGUGGCUGUGGUGGAUGAUGUUACAUGCUCCCCGCCACCGGUGAUGGCGGAGAAAGUGAUCAAAACGAUGCGUUACUUGAUCCAAAACGGUAAGAGCAAGAUGAUGCAGGACAUGCAGAAGAGAGGGAAAAGCAUAGGGAAGGCGCUGAACAACGCGGUGGUGCGCCACCACGAGGCGCUAACAUGCCGUCCGCGUGACGCGGAGAUGUAUUUUGUGUCGCCGUUGGAGUACCAGUUCAGCUGCAACGGCAGUCCGCCACGGCUGAUUGAUUCGUCCAGGAGUAGGAGGAGCAGGCUACUGUCUCCGGCUAGUGAGCACGGGCGGAAGGUGAUGAGGAUUUGCCGUGGCGAUGAUGAGGUGUUGGUGGGGAGGCGCGUGCAGGUGGCCGUGGCGGAGAAGGAGUUUCAGGUGGACGAGGCGGCGGAGGAGUUCAUAGAGAGGUUUUACAGAGAUCUCAGGUUGCAGAAAUGGUUGGAUCAUUGUUGCUGACGUGUCUGUGUGCUGACGUGUAUGUGCCCACGUGGCAGGGUCUGUAAUGUACUGUGUACCAUUACCAUGUAUAUGUGUGUGUUGAUUACUCACUUACUUGUAGGUUGCUGCUACUAUGAUUAUGAACAUGCAGCACUGGUGGCUAUUUUAAUUUCAAGUCACUCUGUUUUUCAUUUUA